AUGUGUUGCGUGCCUAUAAAGUCUUUGAACGAAACCUUUAAUACUAAUCUUUUCUGUUUCGUUUUGCCUCAUAUAACGGACGAAGUACCGAGUCAGGAAAUACCUUUAAACGACAUUAAAAUACCUAGUAACCUCUGUUUAGCAGAUCCCCGCUUCCACACGCCAUCGUCGGUGGAUUUAAUUAUUGGUGCGGAUGUUUUUUGGGACCUAUUAGGGGUACGUAAAAUUAGUUUAGGAAACGGAAAGCCGGUACUCAUUGAAUCUAGGUUAGGAUGGCUAGUCUCAGGCCCCUUAUUAAUAAUGGCCAAGUACCGUAUUCGAUUUCUAACACUAAGUCGUUUUUAG